CAAAACGCAUUAGUGCUUCAACACAACACUCUCACCCUCUUCUCGAGUAUGGUGUUGAUGCCAUCUCAUCAGUAAAUCAAUUCCCGCCAUUACGCGGUAUCUACAUAUUAAUAAAUAAUUAUAAAUCAACAUCAAUCCAAACUAAUUCAUCAUGACGGACAAUCAAUACUCAAACUAUCAGCAGCAGAACUAUAACCAGUACAGCCAGCCGCCGCCGAGCAGUGAUCAGGAUACAUCGUACCCGCCACCAUCAACCGGGAGCUCAUCAAAUUACAACCAGUAUAGCCAACCUCCACCAACCAGUGGUGGUAAUUACGGCAGCUACAAUAGCGGUGGCUACGGUAGCACUGGACAGGACUACAAUUCCUCCAGCCAGGGCCAAGGAAAUUACUCAAGCAACUACGGAGGUAGUGCUGGUGCUGGCAAUAACCCUAGUCCUGGUGGUAACAACUACGGCAGCAGUUACGGAGGAAGUGGAGGAGGAGGUGGUGGCGGUGGAGGCGGAAACUAUCGGGGUAAUUCCGGAAGCAGUGGAUACGGAGGCCAAGGAGGUGGUGGCGGUGGAAGAUACGGAAGUGACCGCGGUAGCUACGGCGAUCGGUCAAGCGGUGGAGGUGGUGGCGGUGGUUACAACAGUGGCGGUGGCCGUGGUGGUUAUAACAAAGGAGGAUUCGGUGAUUCCAAUGGCGGUGGCGGUAGCGGUGGCAGUGACAGGAUGGUCGUUCAAGAGGACACAGUCUUUGUUUCCGGGAUGAAUACCGACAUCACUGAAGAUGAAAUUUGCCAACAUUUUGGUGCAAUUGGACUUAUCAAGAAUGACAAACGUACAGGAAAACCAAAAAUAUGGAUGUACAAAGAUAAAAGUACUGGAAAAUCAAAAGGUGAAGCUACGGUGACUUAUGACGAUCAAGCAGCAGCACACUCAGCCAUUGAGUGGUUCAAUGGCAAGCAAUUCAAGGGUAGCACGAUCAAAGUCCAGAUAGCACAGCACAAGAGUAGCUGGCAGGGAAGCCGUGGUGGCAGCGGCGGCGGCGGAGGCAGAUCCAGUGGUGGCGGUGGCGGCGGAGGACGAGGACGUGGAGGAUUCGGUGGUGGACGUGAUCGCGACGACAGUCGUGGAGAUGAUCGCGGUGGCCGCGAUGGUGGUGGUGGUGGACGUGGUGGCGACUGGAGAUGUCCAAAUCCUGACUGUGGCAACACCAAUUUCGCUUGGCGUGACGAGUGCAACCUCUGCAAGAGUUCGAAACCUGAGGGCGCUGGUGGUGGUGGUGGUGGCGGCGGCGGUGGACGUGGUGGCCGCGGUGGUGAUCGCGGUGGCCGUGGAGGCGGAUUCAGGGGUGGAGACAGAGGCGGUCGAGGUGGCGACAGAGGCGGACGUGGAGGUGGCGGCUUCCGUGGCGGUGACCGAAGUGGCGGUCGUGGACGUGGAGGCCCAAUGCGUGGAGGUGGAGGACGCGGUGACAGAGACCGAGAUCGUCAGAGACCUUACUAAUAAAACAAAUAAUUAUUUAGCUCAUUGGAUUAAUAUACCAAUGACAAAUAAUAAUAAUAAUAAUAAUAAUAAU